AUGCGGGAGAUUGACGCUAAGCUCGGCCGCCACGGACUGGAGAAUCAGUACCAUGACGUGCAAGCUACUCCCCAGGAGCACAAUGUGCGAUCGUCACCGAGCACCAGCAGUCGGACCACGGGCGACGACGAGUCGGUGCCGUCGGAAACCGAGCCGGAGGACAUUGACGAUUUUUCAGACGACAUGAAGUCGGUUUUGACAAUCAUGGUACUCUUGCGCACGGCCAUGCUGGUGGAAAGAUACGGAAAGGGGAAUGACCUCCACGGACCAGCUGACCAUUCAUCAAUGAAUCGGGGAGCUUUUGACAAAAACUGGGAUUCAAGGGUUCAUGUACAGGACGAGCCCACCAAGACUGUUAAGGUAGACCACCAAAAACCCCUGCUGGUCAAGCUUGGAAAGCAAACGUGGGCUCUGUCAGGCCUCUCCCACUUCCUCCAUCGUAAGCAAUUCGAGAAUGACACCAAGAAGGAUCCGUCUGGAUCCUUGUACCACUCGCGCAAAGCCGAGCUGGGGAUUGCACUGGCUCAAAGUCUCAUUGACAGAGGCUGUCCCGAUGACAUCGUGGCGGAACUUGCUAGUAGGAAAGAAAACGGAGAACCUCACCCAGUUACUGAAUGA